AAGUAGUUCAAGCUUUGGAACUUCGUAUGCAGAAGGAAGAAUUAAAUAAAAGUUUUAUGGAAUGGAAACACAAAUCAAUAAACCAUUAUCAAUCAUUCAUUAUAGAGAGACUUUUUAACGAGGUUAACAAUGUAAUUAGAAAACACUUUACACCACGAAUUGCUGAUGAAAUUAACAAACAAAUGUGUGAAUCAGUACUUUAUAAAUGUGAAAAAUUGGAUGUCAAUCAUGCUUUUGAAUUUGAGAAUCAAUCGGAUUCAAGCGAAUAUGACAAGGUAGAAAAUAUUGAAGAUUAUUAUGAUCUUAAGCAAACAUGUUUGAAGGAACUUUUAAAGUCAAUUUCAAAAAAGUUAGUUAAAGAAGUCUGGCGAGUUGUUCCUUACAUGGCAUUAAAUUC